GGAACGACGGAAGGGAGAAGGAAAGAGAAACAGAAGGAGAAAGAUAGAUUUGGAGCAGAGAAAGCAGCAAAGAGCAAAGAGGGUUUCGUCUUCUUCACACAGACCGGUUUCAAGGCAAUCGGGCUGGUGAAGGUGAAGUGUUGAAAGGCUUUGUUCUUAUAAAUCUAAAUCCGAAUCAUACACAAUCUUUGUGAAAGAGGAGAGGCCUCUGCAACACUUCACAUGUGAUAUUACCUCAGUUCAUCAACACCGCCAUUUGCUAUCAUUAAACCCUUCGUUAUACCUUUUUUUUUUAUAUAUAUUAUUUUUAUCUUGAUUGAUAUUACAGAAGAGAAGAAGAGAGAAUCGAAGCGAAGCUACAGUGGGAAUUAAGAAGCGAAGGUAAAUUCUGUUUGUUAGAUUGAAUAGGGUGAAGCAGAGGAGGAUUAGGGCUGAAGAAAGGUGGUUCUGGGUGAAGAGAUUGAAUCUUGUUGCCGCCAUUUUGUUGGGUUGGUGAAAAGGAGCCGAUAUUUUGAGGGGCAUUGGAUGGUCUUUGGUGAAGGAAUCCUGGGGUAGAUCGAGAAGCAGCUCAAGUUCCGACCAGAUCGAGCUCUGUGAAAAUGGCUGCUCCUGUCAAUAUUGUUGCUGGGUCUUUUGUUUGGGUGGAGGACCCUGAUGUAGCUUGGAUGGAUGGGGAGGUUUUAGAUGUCAAUGGUGAAGAUAUUAAGGUCAGCUGCACAUCAGGGAAAACGGUUGUUGUCAAGAGAUCCAAUGUCUACCCCAAAGAUGUUGAUGCACCACCAUGUGGUGUGGAUGAUAUGACAAAACUGGCAUAUUUACAUGAACCAGGCGUCCUUGACAACUUAAGGACUAGAUACGAUAUAAAUGAAAUUUAUACUUAUACGGGAAGUAUAUUGAUUGCUGUGAACCCCUUUAGAAGAUUACCUCAUCUGUAUGACAUCCAUAUGAUGGAACAAUAUAAGGGUGCAGCUUUUGGUGAGCUUAGUCCUCAUCCCUUUGCUGUUGCAGAUGCUGCAUACAGACAGAUGAUUAAUGAGGGGAUUAGCCAAUCCAUUCUAGUUAGUGGAGAAAGUGGUGCUGGUAAAACAGAAAGCACUAAAAUGCUUAUGCGUUAUCUUGCCUACAUGGGAGGGAGAGCUGCAGCUGAGGGGCGGUCUGUGGAACAAAAAGUAUUAGAGUCCAAUCCUGUUCUAGAAGCAUUUGGUAAUGCAAAGACUGUGAGAAACAACAACUCAAGUCGUUUUGGCAAGUUUGUGGAGAUUCAAUUUGACCAACAUGGUCGGAUUUCUGGAGCUGCGAUCAGAACUUACUUGCUUGAGCGAUCACGUGUUUGCCAAGUGUCUGAUCCUGAGAGAAAUUACCACUGUUUCUACAUGUUGUGUGCUGCUCCACCGGAGGAUGUUGAGAGGUUCAAAUUGGGAAAUCCAAGAUCAUUUCAUUAUCUGAAUCAAACGAAUUGUUAUGAGUUGGAUGGAGUAGAUGAUGCAAAGGAAUACCUUGCAACUAGAAGGGCAAUGGAAGUGGUUGGAAUUAGCUCUGAAGAACAGGAUGCCAUUUUUCGAGUUGUGGCUGCAGUCCUCCAUUUGGGGAAUAUCGAAUUUAAAAAGGGGGAAGAGACUGAUUCAUCUGAACCCAAAGAUGAAAAAUCUUGGUUCCAUCUAAGAACUGCGGCUGAGCUUUUCAUGUGUGACGCAAAGGCUCUUGAGGACUCCUUUUGCAAGCGCGUUAUUGUAACUCGUGAUGAGACUAUAACUAAAUGCCUUGAUCCAGACUCUGCAGCUCUCAGCAGAGAUGCUUUGGCCAAGAUUGUGUAUUCAAGAUUAUUUGAUUGGCUUGUGAAUAAGAUUAAUAGCUCAAUUGGUCAAGAUCCACAUUCAAAAUUCUUAAUUGGAGUGCUGGAUAUAUAUGGAUUUGAGAGUUUCAAGACAAACAGCUUUGAGCAAUUCUGUAUCAAUUUGACAAAUGAGAAACUGCAGCAACAUUUCAACCAGCAUGUUUUUAAAAUGGAGCAAGAAGAGUAUACGAAAGAGGAAAUUGAUUGGAGUUAUAUAGAAUUCAUUGACAAUCAGGAUGUUCUGGAUCUCAUUGAAAAGAAACCUGGUGGCAUUAUUGCUCUUCUGGAUGAGGCUUGUAUGUUUCCAAGAUCGACGCAUGAAACUUUUGCCCAAAAGCUGUACCAGACAUUCAAAAACCAUAAACGCAUCACCAAGCCAAAACUGUCCCAGACUGACUUCACCAUCUGUCAUUAUGCUGGUGAUGUCACUUAUCAAACGGAGUUGUUCCUGGACAAGAACAAGGAUUAUGUUGUUGCUGAGCAUCAAGCACUUUUGGGUGCUUCUAAGUGUUCUUUUGUCUCAGGUUUGUUCCCUCCUCUGGCUGAGGAGUCAUCUAAGUCAUCAAAGUUCUCAUCAAUUGGUUCACGAUUUAAGCAACAACUGCAAGCUUUGGUUGAAACUCUGAGUGCAACUGAGCCACACUACAUUCGCUGUGUGAAGCCCAAUAAUCUUCUGAAGCCAGCUAUUUUUGAGAACAGUAAUGCUCUACAACAACUUCGGUGUGGGGGGGUCAUGGAAGCAAUUAGGAUAAGUUGUGCAGGAUAUCCUACUAAAAGAACAUUUUGUGAGUUUCUAAGUCGUUUUGGCAUCCUUGCCCCUGAGGUUUUAGAUGGCAGCUGUGAUGAGAUUGCUGCUACUAGGAAGCUGCUGGAGAAGGUGAACAUUAAAGGCUAUCAGGUUGGCAAAACGAAGGUGUUUCUUAGGGUUGGCCAGAUGCCAGAGCUUGAUGCCCGUAGGGCUGAGGUUUUAGGAAGAUCUGCAAGCAUUAUCCAGAGAAAAAUUCGAUCCUACAUAGCUAGGAAAAGCUUCAUCGUGUUGCAGCGUUCUGUCAAACAGAUUCAAGCUGCAUGCAGAGGGCAACUUGCUCGACAACUUUAUGAUAACAUGCGGAGAGAAGCUGCAUGUCUAAGAAUCCAGAAAGAUUUGCGCAUGCAUCUUGCUCGGAAACCGUACAAAGCAUUGCACUUAUCAGCUAUUUCAAUCCAAACUGGUAUGCGUGGGAUGGUUGCUCGUAAUGAACUUCGCUUCCGACGACAGACAAAGGCAGCAAUUACAAUCCAGAGUCGAUGCCGGCAGUAUUUAGCUCACCUGCACUAUAUGAGGAUAAAGAAAGCUACUAUAACCACUCAAUGUGCUUGGAGAGGAAGGGUAGCUCGAAUAGAACUACGUAAACUUAAAACGGCGGCAAGAGAAACCGGUGCUCUGCAGGCUGCCAAGAAUAAGUUGGAAAAGCAAGUCGAAGAACUGACGUGGCGGUUACAACUGGAGAAGCGGAUGAGGGCUGAUGUGGAGGAAGCUAAGACACAAGAAAAUGCAAAACUGCAAUCUACUUUGGAAGAGAUGCAACUUCAGUUUAAAGAAACCAAAAUACAGCUGUUGAAGGAACGUGAGGCUACGAAUAAGGCAGUGGAGCAAGUCCCCGUCAUAAAGGAGGUCCCAGUUGUCGAUAAUGCAAUGUUGGAAAGGCUCACUGAGGAAAAUGUUAAACUCAAGGCAUUGGUGGGUACACUAGAAAAAAAAAUUGAUGAGACAGAGAAAAAAUUUGAAGAAACGAACAAGCUUAGUGAAGAAAGGUUGAAGCAGGCUUUGGAUGCAGAGUCAAAGAUUAUUCAGUUGAAGACUGCAAUGCAAAGGCUCGAAGAAAAACUUUCUGACAUGGAAACUGAGGAUCAAAUUCUCCGACAGCAAUCCUUGUCAAAUACACCUGUAAAAAAGAUGCCGGAGGAUUCAGAAAUUCAUACACCUAAGAGAUUGGAAAAUGGUCAUCAUGAGAAUGAAGAAAAUAGAGCCAAUGAGCGACAGAGUGCAACACCUGCUAACAAGUUGGGAGCAGAAGACAGCAAGUUGAGGAGAUCAAAUAUUGAAAGACAACAUGAGAGUGUUGAUGCUCUAAUCAAAUGUGUCAUGCAAGAUCUUGGGUUUAGUCAAGGGAAGCCAGUUGCUGCAUUUACUAUUUAUAAAUGCCUGCUUCACUGGAAAUCUUUCGAAGCUGAAAGAACCAGUGUCUUUGAUCGCCUUAUUCAGAUGAUAGGUUCUGCAAUUGAGAAUCAGGAUAACAGUGAGCACAUGGCAUAUUGGCUGUCAAAUACUUCUGCCCUGUUGUUCUUGCUACAACGGAGUUUGAAAGCUGCUGGUUCAACAGCACAUCGGAAGCCUCCCCCUGCUACAUCGUUAUUUGGAAGGAUGACCCAAGGGUUCCGCUCGUCUUCUGCCAACCUCAAUGUUGGUGGGCUGGAUGUUGUACGCCAAGUUGAGGCCAAAUACCCAGCAUUACUUUUUAAGCAACAGCUCACAGCAUAUGUGGAGAAGAUAUAUGGAAUUAUUAGAGACAAUGUGAAGAAGGAACUGUCAUCAUUGAUUUCCCUAUGUAUCCAGGCACCACGAACGGCGAAGGGAAAUGUGCUGAGGUCAUCUGGGCGGUCCUUCAGCAAUAACACUCCAUCCAGUCACUGGCAGAGCAUCAUUGAGUCCCUCAAUACAAUUCUCAGUGUAUUGAAAGAGAACUUUGUGCCUCCUGUCCUUGUCCAGAAGAUCUUUACUCAAAUUUUCUCAUAUAUCAAUGUACAGCUCUUUAACAGUCUUCUACUACGCCGAGAAUGUUGUACAUUCAGUAAUGGGGAGUAUGUGAAAGCUGGGUUAGCUGAAUUGGAGCUUUGGUGUUGCCAGGCAAAAGAAGAGUAUGCGGGCUCAUCUUGGGAUGAACUUAAACACAUAAGGCAGUCUGUUGGAUUCUUGGUUAUACACCAGAAGUCUAGAAUUUCAUAUGAUGAAAUUACCAAUGACUUAUGUCCUAUUUUGAGCGUCCAACAGCUUUAUAGAAUUUGCACACUAUACUGGGAUGACAACUAUAACACUCGCAGUGUGUCGCCAAAUGUCAUUUCUAGUAUGAGGGUACUAAUGACGGAGGAUUCCAACAGCACUGAGAGCAAUUCCUUUUUGUUGGAUGACAACUCCAGCAUUCCCUUCUCAGUAGAUGACUUGUCAAAUUCUCUACGAGAAAAGGAUUUCUCGGAGGUAAAACCUGCAGCAGAACUUUUCGAGAAUCAAGCCUUCCAAUUUUUACAUGAGUGAGGCUUGGAACGCUGAACAUUUUCCCUUUGCCUUAUUCCAUGAUUUGCCUAAGGUAGAUGGCUGGUGCAUAAUUCGCCAAGGUAGACAGCAGGCCUCUAGUCUUCUGCUUGAUGCUUUCAUGUGAUGUAAAUCCACGUCCUAUAUGUUUUAUUCUUAAAACUAUAUUUUUCUCCCUUUCCUCAACAUCCAAUCCCUGGCUGUAAAAUUAUACUUUCCAUUUAGAUUUUGUAAAAUUUCCUAGGGUGAUUCAGAGUAGCUAGAGGGGCAGGGAUGGUUUUUCCUUUUAGUCAAGUGCAUAUCUAUAUCUUUUUUCCUUUUUUUUGGGGGGGGGCGGGGUGGGGGGUGUUUGUUUUUCAUUCUUCUUUUUAUUUUGGGCCCCUGUGGCAAUCAUUCUUUGGUAGGGAGGUUAGGAGGCAGGCAUAUUGUAAUCGUAGUAUGCUGUGGGGAGAUGUUCUUAUCCCUCACCCACCUUCUCUCCUCCCAAUUUUCAUUGUAUAAAGCAACUAGUUAAUUUUUGAAGCACAUUAGUUAGGGAAAUUUAUUGGUGAUUGAUUUGUGUGCACCAUUUGUAGACAUUCUAAAUUUGAAAUUUUGAGUGGAGUGAUAAUUGUAUAAAUAAGUAUCAUUACUUGCUGCUCUUUUCAAGAUCAGGAGAAAAUGAUUCAUUGUGUUGAAAUUCAUCUUUCA